GCUGCCCUUGAAAUACUUGUUAAAACUGUGGUUUCAGAGAGAGUGUGUUCAGAAGAGGGUAAAACAAUGAACAGUGUUGGGAUAAAGAGCAGAAGGGCUUUGCAAGGAGGAUGCCGUCGCUAAGAUAGAAGUAAAAACAGUGCGUGCUGUGGUGUGUGAGAGGAUAAAAAUAAGAGUGGGGGCUCUCAAACUGAAGCAGAUACAGAAGGGUCUGAGGUAGGGCCCCUCUAAUUAGAGCCUCUGCCUGUGGGCCAGGGUCAGGCGGCCACAAAAAGCCCACAGAACAGCUCCCAGCUGCACUGCAAGCCUCUGUCUCAGUAUCCCCAGCUCACAGCAAAGAAGACACCUGAAACAGACGGUACUCCCCAAAAGCAGCACCCCAAAAGAUGCUGCAGCACGCGCCAUGGGCAAGGCUGUCUCCUUCUGGCCCUGCCGUCCUGCUGCUGGCACUCUGUGGCAGCAUGAGCUCCCAGAACAUCUGCAGCUCCCCAGGGGAUCUCCCAGCUCCUGCUCUCCAAAUGAAAUCAUCUUCUGCUCAGCCAGGUACCACAGUUGUGCUCCAGUGUAUUCUCCAUGUGGUGUCACCUGUAAGAAAAAUCAUCUUCUGCAAGGAUGGGAAGGAGCUAUACAGUCUGAAAGCCCAUCAAGGGCAGCUGAGCUACUCCGUUGUCCUGAACAUCACGUCAAGAAGAUAUGCAGGAAGAUAUACAUGUGGGUACCAGGAUUGGAAUGAGAUGAAACACAGGAGGAGCUCUGCCCUCAGUGCUGGCCUCAUCCUGGAUGUCCCAGGUGCCUGCAGAGGGAGAUGCCCAAGGCCUCUCCAUGGUGCUGGCAGUGCUCAAGGCUCUUCUGCUGACCCCAGCCAUUUCUAUGCCAACGUGGAUGAGAUGGGCAGAGUGAAGGUGAGUUCAGCCCAAGCACAGCCUUGCAGGCUGAACCUGCACGUGAUGGUUGCGAGAGGGCAGGCUUUUGGAGAGCAAAUGCAAGCCAAAAGUGCUUCUGAUGGCAGGAGCCUGGGAGCUUCGUGUGGCUGUGCUCUGGCUGAAUCCCCCUCCUUCCAUGCUCCCAGCAUUUCCCCAUGGUGGGCACUGUGAGAGCAAGGCCACUCCUUGUUCUCCCUUUUUUUUGCAGCUCAUUCAAUCCAACUGCUCUCAACACCCACUGGAUGUCAAAAGCUGAGCAAGUGAGAGGCGAUGCAGCUGGUUCUCUGAGAGAGGCAGAGAACACUGGGGAAAGCCGUGCUGAUCUGUGAGCUGUGAAUAAAGCCAUCCCAAACAGGAAGGAGCUGGUGUAUUUC